AUGGUUGUGGCGGAACAGUCCGGGCGCAGAGUGCCUUUUCCAGCCGCUGCGACCGCGACCUCGACCACGUCCACGACAAGUUCAGUGACGACUGCUGUGGUUGGGAAGAGCGGGUGUACAGCAACUGGAGAGGGUACUGCGUGGCGGCGACGAUCCAGUGGUGGUCGAGAGGCGGGGUCGUUUGGUUCCCAGGUGGGCGCAGAGGCGCCCUUGUGGAGACGCAGUGGGGCCGGCUUGGAGCACAACAAGCCUCGACGACGACACCGGAGAAGUCGACGCGGUGCCCAGCACGCUUCAUCAUCGACAGCUCCUGCUACCGUGGCCAUCAAAGCAUCCGACAUCGACGCCGCUGCUGCUUCUCCCACCAUUACUGCUGCUGCUGCUUGCUCCCCCGGCCUUUCGGGCUCGUACAGCCAAGCGCUGCAACGCGCUCAGCCUCGAUUCUACGUUGCUGCCAGCUCUCCUCUGUCUUGCAGCACCAGUGCCAUGAACACCGGACUACCCCAGGAUGAUGGCGCCGAACCUGCUGCUCCCACCCAGGCUCAGCAGCAACGUCUCUAUGACGAGGCCUUCAUCAAGAAGGACGACUGGAAGACUGGCAUGGAAUGCGUACUGCUCCCCUUUGUCUGGCAUCGGGCCUUGACAGAGUUCCUGGCGGGCAAGACCUCCAUGCCUCCGGCCUCCCCCAUCCCCAUGUCCAGCUUGAUGGAUGCCAAGACCAGGAAGCUACAGGCACAGGCCUUCGCCGCCGAGGUCAACCUGGAGGCCUUUUCGCUCCUGCGCUCCUGGUACGGUGUGGACGAUCCAGCCGCCAUUUUUGUUUGCCCCGUCUAUCUCGACGCAAACAACCGUCCCAAGGUGGAAACCCACCCCCUGAAAUUUCGAGUGGCGGCCGUUACAGAUAAUGACAACAUCCAGUCAAAAUUGCAGGAUCUCAGCAUUUCGCGCCUCAAGACGGUAACCGACCUCAAGGCAGCCAUCCUCGAUCAGUUUGAUGUUCCAGGCACCGUCGAAGCACGCUUGUGGGAGUAUCAGGCCCGCCAAUGCUCUUCCUCUGGCCAGACGGUCGCCGCAGUUCCCAGCUACAAUUCCAGUGGUGGCAUUAGCAGCACCUCAUAUGCCAAUGGCACCGGCUCUGGUUACGGUCCGGGCAGUACCCUCACGAACCGCUCCUACGGUUAUUCCUCCAACUACGGCACCUCCACUUAUGGUGGUUCAUAUGGCCGCGCCUCGAACAAGCCCAUCCUGCCUGGACGCACGGGCCUCCGCAAUCUGGGCAACACAUGUUUCAUGAACUCGGCCUUGCAGUGCCUCAGCCAUUGUGCAGACCUGCGUCAGUUCUUUCUCUCCGGGCGCUGGCAACAGGACUUGAACAAGAACAAUCCGAUUGGCUGCGAUGGGCACCUGGCCGAAGCUUAUGCCGAGCUACUCGAAAAGCUGUGGUCCGCCACACAGGCGGAUGUUUCGCCGUGGCAUCUCAAGGAUACCAUCAGCAAGUUUGCUCCACAGUUCAGCGGAUAUCAACAGCACGACUCCCAGGAGCUGACCGCCUUCCUGCUCGACGGCCUUCACGAGGAUCUGAAUCGCAUUCAAAAGAAACCCUUUGUUGAAGCGAAGGAGGCCGAGGGUGAGGAUGUGACUGCAGCACGCGAAGCUUGGACACGGCACUUGCUGCGCAACGACUCAAUCAUUGUAGAUUUGUUCCAAGGGCAAAUCAAGUCCACCCUCAACUGCCCAGAGUGCAACAAGAUCUCCGUCACCUUUGAUCCCAUGAUGUACCUUUCCGUGCCCAUUCCAGAAUUGGACACGACCUUCUUCACUAUCACCGUCGUGUUUGCGGACCCUCGGCGCGCCCCAGCCAAGUGCACCGUCGAGCUGCCAGCAAAAUCGGGCACUAUGCGAGAAAUGAUUGCCGCCGUGGCUGAGGAAACCGCAGUCGAGCCUCGCUCGCUCGUGGCCACAGACCUGUAUCAUUCGCGCUUCUACAAAAUUUUUGACGGACACGACACCAUGGGCAACAUUACCAACGGCGAUGACGUUGCGAUUUUUGAGGUGCCGCCGCUUGAGGGCGCCUCUUGGAGUGAUGAGGUCAUUCCCGUGUACCACAUGCGCCAGGGCCGCGCCUUUACCAGCUCGUACUAUAGCACGUCGUAUGCCGCGGCCAUGGAGACCACGGGUUUCCCCUUUUUGAUUCGCCCGGGCCCCGACACAACGGGUCGUCAGCUGUUGGCAGCCAUAGCUGACAAAGCCUCGCAAUAUUAUGCUCCAUCUCAUCCAGAGUCGUCCGACGAGGAGGACGCGAGCGAGGGCCAGAACGAGGACGCGCCCAGUAUGGAUACCAGGGAAGAUGCCGAGGACAGCGAUGACGAAUUCGAUCGCGAGCUUCAAGCCAACGUUCAAGCCGCCAACGCUCCUGCUCAAGGCAAUGAGACCUCGAAAGUUGUUGAGAAAGCGGCCGCACCCUUCAAGUCACAGCCACCCCGGCCGGCCGUCACCGAAUUGUUUGAGGUGUACAGCUCGGAAUCACGCACCAGCACAUACUCGCGGCUGGGCCCGAGUUUGGACUUGGACACGGAUGAGCCCGUCGACAUUAAACGUCACGUCAUUCAGCUUUAUUGGGAGCGAGAAGAUGCGGAGAACUUGCUGUCAACCGAAGCUGUCUUGACCCAGGCCGAGUCCGCGCCAAGCCACGUGUCCUAUACAGCAGCGCGAAAGAACAAACACAACAACGUGGAUGAGCGAGAUGCCGCGUCCGUGUCCUUGCGCGAGUGCGUUGAGCGUUACAUUCAAAAAGAACGCUUGACGGCUGACAACACGUGCUUUUAUCGUGACAAGAUUGAUACGCUUGUGGAGUUUCCGCUGGAGGGGCUGGAUAUGUCUCCGUAUGUGCUCUCGCCCAAGCACCGUGAGGGAGCCAUCUACGACUGUUUUGCCGUGUCCAACCACUCUGGUGGCUACGGUGGUGGUCAUUUGCUCACUGACGCGGGGUAUUGGAUGCGGCACUAUAUAGAUACGGCAUAUGCCCUGGAUGAGUCGGGCGCGUGGUGUGAUUAUGACGAUGCCUGGGUCACGCCCAUGCGCACCAACCAGAUUGUGACGACGGAGAGCUACAUGUUGUUCUAUCGACGACGCAAGACGCUCUCUUGCCACGCUGUAACCGGGCAGCCUUUGACGGUGCCUGGCACGCCAGCCAAGGUGGAGGAAGCUGACGAUGACAUGGACGAAGCGGGCGACGACUUGAGCACGGAUAAUCUUGUGUGA